CCUAAUUUCAAUGGGCACUGCGGUUGGAUCCUGACUGAUUUCACAUCGGUAUGUACCCCGUGAGAGAGAGACAGAGAAAAAGAGAGAAAGUGCAGCUGUUCAAAUUAAGAUGAGGUCCAGAUAGGUAAACUACACAAGGAACUGGGAACUGGGAACUGGCCGGGAACUGGAGCUAUAAAAGACGAGGGAAGAAGCUCAGGGUCUAGAUAGCUGCCAGAAGAAUAAGCUUCCUAUCAUUGUUGAAGGGCAAGCUUUUUUAUAUAGUAUUUCGACUACUAGUUCAUCAGAACAUUGUAUAUGCUAUAAGUGGACUCUAAUUUAACUUUUAACUUGUUGCAGGGCUCUAUUACUGAUCGAGCUAGACAGCAAAAGAAGCUAAGCUGAUGGAGAUUUCGUCGAUAGGAGGACUAACUGAACCGGGAAUGGAGGAUCCCUUCUUCAUCAACCAGUGGCACAUGAACUCGCUCGAUGAGCUCGGCAUGCUACCAUUUGCAGCUGCCUUUGGAGAGAAUUUGCAACAGGUUCACUGCCACCCCGUUUUUAACCCUAAAACGUAUUCCAAUAGUUCUCAGAAUCAGAGUUCCGUUGAUAGACCCAUGAAACAACUCAAACCCAGCAAAUGGAGUCCAUCGAACCCCCAGUUUCCCCCCUUGCCAAAUCUCCUCUCCUUUGUCAAUUCAUACAACACAAACCAAGUGGGGCUUGUUAGGCCUAAGGAGGAGAGUGGCGCAUGUUUGAAGAACAUCAACUGUCCUCCUUCUGAUAUAUUGGUUUCUCAAGGUUCAUUCGGAAACCAAAACUCUAAGCUGAAGGCCGACCAGGGAACUAACAGCCGGAUCAGCUCAAACACUAGGCUUUCGCAAACUCAAGAUCACAUAAUGGCAGAAAGGAGGCGACGAGAGAAGCUUAGUCAACGGUUCAUUGCUUUAUCUGCAAUGGUUCCUGGCCUAAAAAAGACGGACAAGGCUUCUGUUCUUGGAGAUGCUAUCAAGUACAUCGAGAAACUACAGGAGAAGCUAAAGAUACUUGAGGAGCAGACGAGAGUGAAAAAGAUGGAAUCGGUUGUCUCUGUUAAAAGGUCGCAGCUCAUUGAAAAUGGUGAUAACUCCUUUUCGGAUGAUAACAAUUCCAGCGUGUCGGUUGAGGAGACACUGCCAGAAAUUGAAGCAAGAUUCUGUGACAACAAUGUCCUGAUAAGAGUUCAUUGUGAGAAAAGAAAAGGAGUUGUUGAGAAAACAAUUGCUGAAGUUGAAAAGCUUCAACUAAAGCUGAUCAAUAGCAGUGUCAUGACAUUUGGUAAUUCUGUUGUUGAUGUAACCAUUGUUGCUCAGAUGGAAGUGGAAUUCUGUCUCUCAGUGAAGGAUCUCGUCAAGAAUCUACGCUCAGCUUUCGAUUUGUUCAUGUGAAAUGAAGCUUUAGCUUCACAUAUGGAAGUCAUCUCUUCCUAAGUUUUUAUGCUCCAUGCAGAAUUGAAGCUUCACAAGAUUCGAUCCUCAACUAUCCUACCGGUCCAAGUUUACGCUUUUGUACCUGUUUACGUACAAGACUACGAUCACGUCGCCAAGUUACCUUCAAGCUUUUUGCUGUCAGAUUAGUUUUGCAGGAGGGUUUUUUCUUCUUCUUUCUUUUUGCAAGGUAACCGGUUUACCUUGUUAUGCUACCCACCUGUUGAAGCAAGUGAUGUUGCAGCUUCUUUAACAUGUUUUUCUACCCACCUGUAUAUGUUCUUUGCUUAUGCAAGGGAAGGGUUUUUAGGUGAAAUAAUGAAGCCUUGUAAUUUAUCAAUACUAUGGUUAAUAUUUCAGGCAUCUUGAACUUUUUGUUUCUUGAGCUUCUCUGUCUUAUAUGUGUGUGUAAUGCAAUAAGUAAGUUUUG